AUGAAGGAGGAAAAAGAAUCUGUGGAUGGAAAGUUUCAGGAAUCUAAAUUUAUUGAUGAAGAAUUCCGACAUGAAGAUAUUGAAGAUCCUUCACAACGAUUUGUGGCUUGGGAUUCCCCACCAACCUAUGAUGAGAAGCCCGAAGAAGAUGAUUCAUGGGAAGAGGAAAAACCCCCGGAGGAGUAUAAAGAAGAUGGGUUUUAUCCAAUGUUUGAUGGCCUCUACUCCAAAGAAGAUGACCAAUUGGAUGGGGAAGAAUAUGAAGAAGAUGAAUUUUUUCCCAUCUUUGACGGCCUCUAUCCCGAAGAUGAUCAAUUGGAAGAAGAAGAGCCCAUGGAUGGCAUCGCCGAUUAUGAAAAGGAUGGUGAAGACCUUUCAGGUGAAGUGCCUAAUUUUAAUGGUGAAGAAAUUGAUUAA